ACAGGCUUGAAUCUAUCGAUAGGUGUCAUGAAGGCAAACUUUAAAAUAUUCAAUUAGUAAUAUAAAUUCGAGUGUACCUGAAAGUUUCUUUCACAUCCAUUCAAAUAGUAUCAAACUCACAACCCGUGUCAAUCAAAUUUACUUUUAAUUAUCGCGUAUAUAAGCUGAUCCGUUUUAUGUUACAUCUCUGUUAGUGUAAAUGCUUUGAACCACUCAGCGGCUGUUAAUUUCAAAUUCAAUCUAAUAGUAGGUGGUCGCUGUAAUGCACGUGCCUUAUCGCUGUAUUGCUGUUAGAAUUCUGUUAAAAAAAUACCAGUAUCACAGUAAAUAAAAAAAAAAACAGCUAAAAUUGGUGUUUGUAUUACGUGGACUGCUUGGCUUUCAAUUUCAUUUUCAUUGUUCAAUUGCGCACAAUCGAAGAAUAGUAGCGCCUCGAUAAGAGCCGGCGUAAUUGCUUAAUACACUUGUCGCUCAAGCACUUACGUAGAAAGUGAUAAAUUACCAAAAAUGGUCGAUGUUAUCAAGAAAGGUGCACUGUUUCUCAUGAAUCAGAAGUGCUAUGAUAACUACGUUAUUGAUCACAAUUUUCUCGAUGUUCCGUGCUUCAAGGCGCUACUGAGUAAAGGUCUCGGCAUCGGCAUCAUCGCCGGCUCGGUGCUGGUGAAAGUGCCGCAAGUGGUGAAGAUUCUUAACAGCAAAUCUGGCGAGGGCAUUAACUUGAUGGGCGUAAUGCUGGAUCUGCUGGCCAUCACAUUCCACUUGUCGUACAACUUUAUGAACGGCUAUCCGUUCAGCUCCUGGGGCGACAACACUUUCCUCGCCAUCCAAACGGUGGCCAUUGCGGCGCUAGUCUUAUUCUUUGGUGGACGAAAGCCACAUGCGUUUAUAUUUGUAGUAGCCUACGCUAUACUGCUGUAUGUACUCAAUUCAGGGCUGACAUCCAUGAAGGUGCUGUUCACCAUACAGAGCUGUAAUAUACCCAUUCUUCUGGUGGGAAAAUUAUCUCAGGCUUUGACCAACUACAAAGCCGGCUCCACGGGUCAGCUGUCGGCGGCCACUGUCAUAAUGAUGUUUGCCGGAUCGGUGGCACGCAUAUUCACAUCCAUACAGGAGACAGGAGAUCGGAUGAUUAUCAUCACGUUCAUCGCCUCGACCUUUGCCAAUGGUGUCAUUUUCGCUCAGCUGCUUUACUACUGGAACAAACCUGUAAGUGGGGCUAUCAAGCAAGACGCUUCAAAGGUCAAGAAGGCGAAGACCAAGAAAGAUGACUAAGUUGUAAUCGCAUAGCAUUAAAUUUAACAGUUUCUCGACAUGAUUGAACAAAUAUCACAAAUAAAUAAAU